AUGUGGGCUGCCCUGGAAGGAAAGAUUGACUACCGAGGCCAAGCCCUCGCGGAGCGUCUACUCCAUCGGAUUUUGAUUGUUACAGGCAUCCUUGCCUUUCUGGUGGGCUAUUUCAUGCAAGAUGUGUCUAUGACGAUGUAUAUAUAUGGUGCAGGUGUCCUUCUAUGCUUGUUGGUUUGCUUGCCGCCCUGGCCCAUGUACAAUGCCCACCACACCAUCUGGCUUCCUACCACGCCUUCCUCGCCCCAAUAG